UUGCACCCGUCCCCUUUUGCUCCCCUCCCCCAGGAGACCAAGUAUGUCCUUUCCACAUGAUAACUGAAUCCUGCUGGCCCAGAGCCUGUGAACAUUGAACGCUCACACUGAUCCAAUUAAUUCAGCAGAAUUACACAAAUUCAUUUCCCCCCCACUUAUCCCGCAGAAGCAGAGGAGGGUAUUUCAUUUAGUUUUACCGAGACCCAUAGCAAAAGACGCUUGCUAAGAGAGUCCAUAUUAGAUAUCAAAAUACACCACGGAAAAGCAACAAGAAUUUGCAAGGCUCAAGGAUUUCCAGUUCAUCAGUGGCUAACCGAGCAGGAGCACCUCUUCCACUGCUAUGAAAGGAAACCUCCAAAUCCUACCACUGUACCAUUAACUAUUAUCCUGUUCAAGAUCUGAAAAGCAUGAAGACUGCAGCUCUCUUCAUUUGUCUUGUAGGAUCAGCUUUUGCUAUUCCAACCUAUCCCAUAAUCUACGAGCUUGGAAUCCACGGACAAAAAACUGCAGAAAAGGCUCAAGAUAUUCAUUCUGACAUCUCAAAGAGAGAGAACCCAGAGUACGUAAACAAGGGUAAUUCGCUGUUGAGUCACAGAAACAAAAAUAAGGAGGUACCACUAACAGAUACCGAGCACAGGGAGGAGCCCAGGCCUGCUAAAACAUGGAGAAGAAGAGGCAGUGAGCAUGAAGCGAAAAAUAGCCUGAAGAGCAUUAAUUUCCUUUCGCUGCACAAUAAACCAGGUUUGGCUUCCGACAAGCAGGAGGACAGUGACUCUGGGAGCAGCAGCAGAGAACAGUUCAGCUCUGAGUAUUAUGAGUUCAGGAGAGGAGAGAAACACAACAAUGCACAAGUUAGGGAUGAUGAAGAAAAUCCAGUAGAUGCUCUCAGUGAGCAUAACAAAUGGAAAUAUAAUAAAAAUACAGUUGGCCUAUCUGAAAGCAACAGUGAAGGUGAUGAAGAGGAAAAGGUGGAGGAGGAGGAGGAAGAGGAAUGGGGUGAAGAAACUGAGCACAGAGAUAUGAAGCACAAAACCCACCUGACAAAUCAAGACGAUCAAUACAAAAGACAGCAAAAUGAAGAGAGCGGGCAAUCUGAUGAAAUCCUGAGAGAUUCCAGUCAGCCACUCCGGAUAACCAAGAGGCAUGGUGAGAAAUUUGAUCAAGAGGAGAAAGAGAAGGAUGAGACCCAAAUAAAGCCCUAUGAAGAAGAAAAAAUCUCUCCCUCUCAAAAAAGCAGUAACAAAGAUGAGGAUGACAAACAGCAAAGCCGACAAGGCAAAGACAGUUCUCAAGGAAACAAUCAGAGCGGCCAUGAAACAGCGGUGAAAAGACAGUAUACGGAGGAUAGUAAUGUUGAUGGUGACAAUUACGAUAGUGGUGAUGUUGAUGGUGAGGAAGAUCUCAGAAACGCCUGGAAAGAAACAACCUAUGAAGAAGGGGAAAGAAUCCAGAAUAACAAUCCUGGAAGCAUCGGCACUGAGCAGGAAGGGGAAGAAAACAAUGAAGACGACAGUGCAGUUAGUAGAGAUAACAGUGAUUACCAAGAUGUCAAAAUUAAAGACUUUGUCCACUUUGAGGAAGAUUAUUACCAUCAUGAGCCACCUAAUUCUGACAGCAAGGAACAAAUGGAAACAAGCAACUCUGUUCAGAGUGUGAAUUCAAUGGAACCUGAAGAUAAGGUUAAAACUACAGGCAGAUCAUACAGUGAGGGGGAAAGUGCAAGCAACAGCAGUGGGAAGGCUUUCCUGGAUCCAUGUAGGAACUUCCACUGCAAAAGAGGAAAAGUCUGUCAUGCAGAUGAACAAGAGAAACCCAGCUGUAUUUGCCAAGACCCUGCUGCUUGCCCUUCAACUAAAGAUUAUGAGCAUGUUUGUGGCACUGAUAAUAAGACUUAUGAUGGCACAUGUCAACUCUUUGGCACAAAAUGCCAACUUGAAGGGACAAAAAUGGGACGCCAGCUGCACCUGGAUUAUAUGGGAUCCUGCAAAUACAUCCCUCAUUGUACUGACUAUGAAGUGGAUCAGUUCCCUCUCCGGAUGAGAGACUGGCUCAAAAACAUCCUUAUGCAAUAUUAUGAACGUGAUCUGGAUACAUCUGGAUUUCUAACUGAAAAGCAAAGGAGUAAAGUCAAAAAAAUCUACCAGAAUGAAAAACGUCUCAUGGCUGGUGACCACCCUGUUGAGCUUCUCCUGCAUGACUUUGAGAAAAAUUAUCAGAUGUAUGUGUAUCCUGUGCACUGGCAGUUUCACCAGCUUGAUCAGCACCCUGGUAACAGAUUAUUAACUCACUCAGAGCUGGCUCCUUUGAGAGCUUCUCUCGUUCCCAUGGAACACUGCAUAACCCGUUUUUUCCAAGAGUGUGAUGGAGACAAAGAUAAACUCAUCUCUUUGAAGGAGUGGUGCCACUGCUUUGGGAUCAAGAGAGAGGACAUAGAUGAAAACCUCCUGUUUUGAGCCUGGCUGAACAGAAUCCCAGUGCUGUGCUAGUACUGGGCAAAUAUGCAAAUCCAGUUUGUUUCUUUUAUUAUUAGCAGCUUAAUAGUUCUGAGAAGAAACUAUGAAUAAAGAAGUUUGCAUACGGUUUUCAUAGGACAACAGAGUUAUUUUCAAACAUCACAAAUGCAUAAAAACCUCUACAUUUGUUAACAGUAGAAGAAUUUAAGAACUCCACGAGGUGCAUCUAAACAGUAUUUUCUUCUGCAUCAGUCCAUAAUCUCCCUGAACCAAGAAAUAGUCCUAGCCACAUGAACUGCUCACAAAACUCUUCAGUAGAUUUAUGGGAUCCAGACUGUAUCAUACACUGAAGAAAAUUACCUUAAGUAGGAUACAUUUCUUUUAUUGUUAUUAUUUACUGUAUUGUCAGUUUCUUAAUAUUCUACAUAGAUGCAUAAAAGAAUAAAGUAUAAC